AGUGUGAUUUCCAAAGAUAAAAUAAAUAAAAAGAAGAGAAGAGAAGAGAGAAAUAGAAAGCAGUAGCAGCGUCCAGGUUCAUCCCCUUCCUCCGCCCGAUCCCAAUCCCAAUUAGGGUUAGGUUAGGGCUUUCAACUCAAUCACCUUCUCGUCUUCUUCUUCUUCCUUCUCCAAUCGCAACCCCUCUCUCUCUCUCUCUCUCUCUCAUCCUUCUUCUCACCCAUUAAUCCAUUAAUUAACCAAUCCCAUGGACCUCUCUCACCCUCAAUCCAACUUAUCCCUCGGCUUCUCCUCCUCCCACGCCUCACCGCCGCGCCGCCCAGACCCUCCGGUCCAGCUCAACCUCCUAGAGCCGCCGCCGCCGCCGGACAACGGCGCCCUCGAAGUGGAAUCAUCCUCCGACGACGACAAAGAGGUCGAAGAGUUUCGCAUUCUAGGCCACUCAAUGUGCCUGAAGAGGCGAAGAGACUCCGACUCCUCAUCCUCCUCCUCCACGAAGCGACCCUCCGUCGACCCCGAUCUCGACGCGCGCCGCGCCGCCGUCCGCGCCUGGGGGUGCCAGCCCCUGGCCGUCGCGGACCCCGACCUCCACGAGAUAAUGGAGCACGAGAAGAAGCGCCAAUUUCGCGGCAUCGAGUUGAUAGCGUCCGAGAAUUUCGUGUGCAGGGCGGUGAUGGAAGCGCUGGGAAGCCACCUCACGAACAAGUACUCCGAGGGAAUGCCCGGCGGCCGCUACUACGGCGGGAAUCAGUACAUCGACGAGAUAGAAACGCUCUGCUGCGAACGCGCGUUGGCUGCGUUUAGUCUGGACCCCAAGUGUUGGGGGGUUAACGUGCAACCCUAUUCCUGCACCUCUGCCAAUUUCGCCGUCUACACGGGGUUGUUGCUUCCCGGUGAUCGUAUCAUGGGCUUGGAUACCCCUUCUGGAGGGAACACCAGUCACGGCUACUACACUCCCAAUGGGAAGAAAGUUUCCGGGGCUUCCAUUUUCUUCGAGAGUUUGCCCUACAAGGUCAACCCUCAAACGGGUUACAUUGAUUACGAUAAGCUUGAGGAGAGGGCGCUUGAUUUUCGCCCCAAGAUACUUAUUUGCGGUGGGAGUUCUUACCCUCGCGAGUGGGAUUAUGCUAGGUUUAGGCACAUUGCGGAUAAGUGUGGAGCUGUCUUGUUGUGUGACAUGGCGCAGAUAAGUGGCAUUAUUGCGGCUAAGGAGUGUGUGAAUCCUUUUGACUACUGUGAUGUUGUUACUUCAACAACUCACAAGAGUCUUCGAGGCCCAAGGGGAGGCAUAAUAUUUUAUCGGAAAGGUCCAAAGCCGAGGAAAAGAGGGAUACUUCUAAGCCAGGGACAUGAAAGUGAUCAAUAUGACUUUGAAGAAAAGAUAAAUUUUGCCGUUUUUCCAUCAUUGCAAGGGGGACCGCACAAUAACCACAUUGCUGCACUUGCUAUAGCUUUAAAACAAGUAGCUACUCCUGAGUACAAGGCAUACAUGCAGCAGGUGAAGAGGAAUGCUCAAGCUUUAGCAUGUGCUUUACAGAGAAGAAAAUGCCGUUUAGUAACUGGGGGUACAGACAACCAUUUAUUACUCUGGGAUUUAAGGCCCCUGGGAUUGACAGGUAAAUUUUAUGAGAAGGUCUGUGAAGCAUGUCAUAUUACCUUGAAUAAAAUUGCUAUUUUUGGCGACAAUGGAGCUAUAAUUCCUGGAGGUGUAAGAAUAGGUACCCCUGCCAUGACAUCAAGAGGAUGUAUGGAGGCUGAUUUUGAGACGAUGGCUGAAUUUCUAUUUAGAGCUGCACAAAUUGCAAGCAUACUCCAGAGGGAGCAUGGGAAAUUGCAGAAGACAACAUUGAAGGUACUUGAGAGCCAGAGGGACAUUGUUGAGCUCCGGGCACGGGUUGAAGCUUUUGCUACUCAGUUUGCCAUGCCGGGUUUUGACAUUUGAACAUGAUAUGGCUGGUGGAUUGCCGUUAUUGAUUAAUUAUAUAUGCUACACUGGCGGGUCGUCGUGCCUGCUUUUUUGUCGCCUGCUUUUUACAAAAAAGCACUUGUCCAUAUAUUUUGCGGAGCUUCUGUCCUCUCUGCAUUGUAUGCAGUUGUCAGGUUUUCACAUGUUGCAGUGAGUUGCAAUCUGGUACAUGACAGUACGGAGUAGGUACUACCGUAGUGUUGUUGAGGUUUCUUUUGGUGAUCAAGUAUCUUGUUCCUACCUUGGAGGGCGCAACAUUCCAGCUGAAUGCAUCAAGUUGAGUCGUUAUAAUGGUUGGAACAUGGUUUCUUGAUCACAACCAAUCUGAGUACAGAAUUCUUCCGGUGAAUCUGCAGAAAAUAAUUACUCUGAUAAAGGUUAGACACCCUGAAUUCUUUUAGCUGCUGUUUGAUGCUGAAAGCAAUAUUAUUAAUCCUAUUUUUUGCUAUAUAUUAUCCUUUCCUGGGAUCUAUUUUUGUACUCAUUUUCAUAAAUAUCUUGCCGUGUUAAUUGUUAAAUAUAUAGGUUGAUGUGGUAAAUAGUGAUUACUUUGUACCCUUGUAUUAUUUUGCAAAAAAUAUAUAUAUUUUUUCUUCUCAAGAGAAAGGUUGAUUAGAAUGAGACAUAUUUCAGAAGCGCUUGAGUUCAUACGCAAGUUUUGUCAGUGCGGCUUGUCUGAUCAAAGGAAUUAAAUCGAGGGGCAGUUACAUGGUCCUAUAUUUA